AUGCGUACUACCUUAGCUCUUGCGAAUGCGCUACUCUGCGUCUUUGUUCAUGCACAAUCACCAGUAGACAUGUUUCCUGGCUCGAUGAUGACAUGUCAGAGUGGCUAUGCCCCCUCUCUUACGUGCAGCGAUCCAGUUCCAGUUGAUGAGCUUUGCUCGUGCACUUGCCGUGAUGGGGCGACGUUCAACCAGUCUCGUCCUUCUCCCUCGGACAUUGUCGUCCCCCCUCCGACUUUGGAACCGGCACGCCAACUUGUGGAAAAGCCAUGCACUACAGAAGUCAUUACGCCCUGGACAGAAAUUCGGUUGCCCCAUGAAAGAGGAUCUCCAGAACCGUCAGAAAUGUUUUCCAAUAUUGUUAAUUUGAUGGAGGACAGUUUCUUGGCCGUGGCUGAUUCCAAUGGGAGGUGUCAGCACUUCGAGGUAUACAUUGAUGACGAACUCAUCGGAGAGACGUAUGGAACAGGCGAGCUUGACAAUACCAAUUGUGGCAGACCAGAACAGUGCAUGGAGGAUUUCGGUGGUAGCCAUGGUUAUUUCACUCUUCCAAAAGGUAACGCAAUUUGCAUGUUGGUACGCCAUGCUGAGGAUGCAGCUAAUGUCGAACAUGCUGUGUUCCUGCAAUUGGCUGAUGUUGAGUGGCAAAUAUUGAGAAGCACUCGCCAGAUUCUGUCUGUAGUUUUAUACAAGCCAUUGUCUAGCAGCCUAUGCGUGCAGUCUUUUGAGGGUACCCAGGUCGGCAUAAGUCGUCUAGCGAGACCAAGUUUGAUUCGCUCUCGUACUACUCGUCACUGUUACUUACAACGCGUUUUUUUCGUCAUCAUGUCUACCGCCAUUGACGUUGCGCACCCCUACUACAUUCUCAACCAUAUCGUAGAGGUCCUUCUUCCCACACGCUGUCACACAAAUGUUGCGGCUACAUACAUGGUAUUUCUGCCUUCCUUCCCAAUCACUCACCCCUGGUUAAACCAAACAUGA